CCUCACACACAUCGUGAGCUCUGACCGGAGGUCCUCGGAUGCUGGUCAGGAGGAAAGGGGAUGUGGGUGGCUCCAGGGGCCCACCUCAGUCCUCUCCUUAAGCACUGGUUCUCAUUCAUUUGAGCCCAGAAUUCUAGCAUUUUCUAGCAAAGACCUUGGCUUCUUCACAGUAUCUUAGCUGGCACAGUUAUCUGUAGCGUGAGUAUCAUCAUAACUCCUGGGGUGCUUACUCAGUAAGAUUGCCAGGUCUGUGGGGAGGGUGAGUUGGCUGAGGACAUUUGGGCCAGAGAAUGUAAUAGCUUAUCAAGGCUCAUUCUCGUUCCACUCUAUGGUCAACACUAUCACAGCAGAAAAGAACGUGCUUACUGGGGUCAUGAAUCCAGAAGGAAAAGAGGAAAACCAUGGGACCAAUGUCUGUACCCUCUUCUCUUGCCCCUGGUCCCCAGCCACUUGCUGCACAGUUGCAGAAUGUCCCUUGCAAUUGAUAGUGGUGACUGCCAGUGGGGUUUGGACAAAAUCUGGAAAAGCAGCAGAGUGUGGUCUCCUUGCCCAAACUCAGAUCUCCCUCCCAACUCCUGCCUGCCCGACAGAUUGACUCCCUAAGGUUGUUUUUUUUUUAGAGACAGUCUCACUUUGUCACCCUGGGUAGAGUGCUGUGGUGUCACAGCUCACAACAACCUCCAGCUCUUAGGCUUAGGUGAUUCUCUUGCCUCAGCCUCCCGAGUAGCUGGGACUACAGGCACCCACCACAAUGCCCAGCUAUUUUUUUGUUGCAGUUUGGCCAGGUUUGAACCUACAACACUUGGUAUAUGGGUGGGGCCAGUGCCCUAUUCACUGAGCCACAGGUGCUGCCCCGACUCCCUAGGGUUGUUACCUAGAGUGGGACAUUCGUGGCCUGUCAGAAGAAUGGAGAGCUAAUUUACUAUUGAUGUUAAGAUUUUGUUUAACCUGGAGCAACCCAACACAACCAUUUGGAAGCAAUUAUUAGCACUUCUGGGGCUAGGUCAGGGUUACCCACAUGAAAUUCCCUCUGGUGCCUUGUACAUUUCCAAGAAAACCUAAAACUUUAGCACAGCUCUUCUCAUUGUUCAAGGGGAGACAUUCAUGUCAGCCUCCUGUGGAAAUGUCUACCUCCUGGCUGUCCCAUGUCCCCUUUUCUCCCACUUUUAUAUAGUGGUAUCACCACAACCUGCUGGGACAGGACAUUUGGAGGGCAGUUUGGGAGGGGCCAAACCAUAGAGAACACAAAGAAGUGGGUUAACUGCAGUGUGUCACUGCCUUCCUCAAAAAUCCAGAGUCCCCUUUGCUUCAAGAGUAAAGACCACACACCUUCAGCUGGCCUCUACCAUCUGGACCCUGAGGCUGACCCUUGAUGGCAGUGGGAGACACCUGUUCUAAUGGUGGGAUGCUCCAGUCCUGAUUUCUUUACCCACUGCUGUAGCCAGGCACUGGCACCUUAGCCCUCUGUGCAUGUGCUUUUUGCCUCAAACAUUUGCUUGUACAUACAGUUUCCUCUCCCUAGAAUGCUUUUCCAUUUGCUUAAACCAAAGUCUAAUUCCAGUACUGCCUCCUCCCUCUGUUCCCUCUUUCUCCAUGAGCCAAAAGUCAUCUCCUGCUGUCCGUACCCCCAGGCCUUAUCUGUUCCCAUCUUGCUACCUUAUCAUUUGGACUUGCUAUUUAUAGUCAUUUGUGUAUCAGGCUUGUCUGUCCCAUCAGCCAGAGGCUCCUGAAGCCACUAUCACAUCUUUCCCACUCGUGAGUCCCCCUAAACAGUCAGGGGCUGUGGAUGAGGUGGCAGGAGGUGGACAGAGGUCCCUAUGGCUUUCCAAGCCCUUUGGAACAACCUGAGCAGCACAUAGAGGCUCAGCAGAACAUAAAAUGACAAAGGUUAUGAAGCUCUGCCUGAAGGUGUGGGUGGGAUGGGAGAGAAGACCCUGGGUAGAGGUCCUUGGAAUAUCAUUCCCAGACCAGCACCAUAUGCAUCACCUGGAGAAUGUGUCAGAAAUGAACUUAUUGGGCUGGGUGCGGUAGCUCACACCUGUAAUCCUAGCAUUCUGGGAGGCUAAAGCAAGUGGAUUGCUUGAGCUCAGGAGUUCAGACUAGCCUAAGCCAGUCUAUUUUUUCAUAAAAGAAAAAAAAUAGAAAAAAUUAGCCAGCUUGGUGGUACGUGCCUGUAGUCUGAGCGAUUCAGAAGGCUGAAGCAAAAGGACUAUUUCAGUCCAGGAGUUUGAAGUUGUGUGGGGGGUAACAGAGUGAGACUCUGUGUAAAAAAAAAAAGAAAGAAAGAAAUGCAAUAAUUGGUCCCAGCCCAGUUGCCCGGUCCCACCAAAUCAGAAACUCUGGGGGUAAGGCCCAGCAAUCUGUGGUCUAAGGAGCCAUCUGGGUGAUUUGAUGCACAAGAGAACAACUGUUGUAGAGUUAGAGCCCUUGCCUAAGAUGGGAAGCCAGUGAGUGCCAUGGAAAGCACACGGGCUAUGGACUCAGAUCUCCUAGGUUCAAAGUCCUGCUCUGAAGUUUAAUGGCCCAGUGAGGUGAGACUCAGUGAUAACACCUCUUUGGGGUAUCCUUCUCCCAAGAGGAUUAGUAGUGGUAUCAAACUUUAAUGUACAUAAGAGUCACCUGGGGUGCUUUUUAAAAUUAUAGUUUCUUGGCUCCAUGCCUAUAGCUCAGUAGUUAGGGCACUGUGGCGGGCACCUGUAGUCCCAGCUACCUGGGAGGCUGAGUGUUUUCAUUAAGUGAGUUUGACCUGGGAGCGGUAUUGAAAGGACAGACAUGUGCAUAGGUCAAGUCAGCAUGGAGGUGUGUGUGUGUGAAUGGGGCAUUGCUUCCCUGGCCACUUGUUUAGGGCCAGCGAGUGUAUGUGCCUGUUAGGUUCAGGGGACAUCUGCUCCUGGCUUCCUGGCUGAUGUAACCAUGUUGUCCACAGUGAGAACUGGGCUUGUGGAUGGAGCAGGGCUGGGAUAUCAGGGACUGACUGUAAAGGUGGCUUUGGCUAUGGGGCCAGGUAAACCAGGACACCAGAGCCUGGUGUGGAGCCCCUGGGAUCCUUGAUCAGCCUCUUUGACCAUGCAGUUUUAGGGGGUAUGGAGAGGCAGGCACCACCGUCUUGUCUCGAAGAAGCCUUAUUCUGCCCCUUCUGGAGCCUGAGACUCUUGCCUGGGCUGAUUUGGCUGUUUGUCUCACCCAGAGGGGCAUGAGGACCAGCGAGCUUGAUGGCUAGAUGCCCCUAGGGUGCUGUUCCCCCGGCCACCACCAGGAGUCUCUGAGGCUCCCACAGACCCUGCCCACCCAGCGUUGACUCUGUUCUCCCUCCCUGGGCCUGGGGCACCUCAGCACACUACAGCCUGGAGGUGAGCCUGGAGCUCUAGGAUCAUGGAGGGGAGGGGGUGCCUACCUCCAGGGGCCAUGCCUGUGAUCUCAGCAUCAGGUGAGGGCAACCCCUUGAGCACCAAGUGCCUUUCUGACUGCCUUCCCAACCCCCACCUCAAAACAGUCAGCCUGAAUGGUGGGCCCCUCCUCCAUCUGGUCCUCACCCCUGCUUCCUCACUGGUGUGCUGGGAAACAUAGGUCAUUGCCUGGGAAUGUGGCCCUGGGCAGGGCUGAGAUGACAGGAGGAGGAGGAAGAACACGUAAUCCCUGUUCAAUACCUCAUUCUCUCUGGUUCUGUUUCCAAGCCCCUUCCUCAGCCUAACAGGCAUAACAAGCAGGUGCUAGUUAUGAGGGGUCAUUUAGGAGAAACAGUCCCCAUUCUUCUCACCAUUGGCCCUGGUGGACCAGCGGGUGAAGGCAAAUUGCCAGCAGGUGCCUUAACAGAGCCAGCAGGAGGUUUGGGUACAGGGCUAGUGCCCUGAGGUGGCUGCUGGCUCAAGCCUGCCAUGGCAGGAACAGGGAGGCAGAGGUGGGAUCUGGGCCCCCUCAGAUUGAGGAGGGCACCUCUGGGAAGGAGGUGAAGGUCCUGACAGUUCUCUGAUUCUCAGUGCAGGGGAAACGAUGUGGCUUGGCUCUGUAGUAUUUAAGGCUCAUCAGCGCAUUCCCAGGUUGGGGAGCUUAAUGGUUUGGUUAGGAUGAGGGGUAACUGGGGCCAUUUGUCGUGGGAGCCACCCCUGGUGGAUGCGUCUGAGCGGAUCAGGGUGAGCCACCGUGCAGUGCCUCCUCUCUCCUGUCUUGCUCUGGGACUGAGGCCCCCCACACCUUGAGUCAAGGCACCACCCAUGGGGCUUUGCUCUUGUCAGGGCCUAGAAGCUGUAAGGAGAGAAAAGACAGAUCCCACUGCGCUGCUGAGCAGUGAGCAGGGUGGCUAAAUUCAGCCUUGCUGCUCUUUGCCCCUCCCCGCUCCUCCCCUCCAGGGCCCAGGCUGCCUGUGGUCUCAGCAGGCACCACCUUCCCGACCAGCUGCCGGACUGCCUGCCACCCAGCCUCUCGCCCACCAGCCCCCAACUCCUCCUUCCCCCUCCUGCAGGGCCUUCUCAGUGUGGCCAGUGGGGCUGGGCUCCUGGACUCCUACUCCCUUGAGAGCCCGGUGGGGUGGGCAGAGGGCAGGCAGCAGGAGGGCUGGGUGCCAGGGCAGAGCUUCAAGACAGGCGCAAGCUGGGGUCUGUGUGCAGAGUCUUGGGUGGGUCCUCAUCCCCUUUCAGCAGCCCCAUCACCUCAGACGAGGAGUACCUGAGCCCCCCAGAGGAGUUCCCGGAGCCUGGAGAGACCUGGCCCAGAACCCCCACCAUGAAGCUCAGUCCCAGCCAGAACCACCGUUCUGAUACUGGCUCCAAGGCACCCCCUACCUUCAAGGUCUCACUUAUGGACCAGUCAGUAAGAGAAGGCCAAGAUGUCAUAAUGAGCAUCCGUGUGCAGGGGGAACCCAAGCCCGUGGUCUCCUGGCUGAGGAAUCGCCAGCCCGUGCGCCCAGACCAGCGGCGCUUCGCAGAGGAAGCAGAGGGUGGGCUGUGCCGGCUGCGGAUCCUAGCUGCUGAGCGGGGAGAUGCGGGCUUCUACACGUGCAAAGCGGUCAAUGAGUAUGGCGCUCGGCAAUGUGAGGCCCGUCUGGAGGUCCGAGCACACCCUGAAAGCCGGUCCUUGGCCGUGCUGGCCCCCCUGCAGGACGUGGACGUAGGGGCCGGGGAGAUGGCGCUGUUUGAGUGCCUAGUGGCGGGUCCUGCCGAUGUGGAGGUGGACUGGCUGUGUCAUGGCCGCCUGCUGCAGCCUGCGCUGCUCAAAUGCAAGAUGCAUUUCGAUGGCCACAAGUGCAAGCUGCUGCUCACCUCUGUGCACGAGGACGACAGUGGGGUCUACACUUGCAAGCUCAGCACGGCCAAAGAUGAGCUGACCUGCAGUGCCCGCCUGACGGUGCGGCCCUCACUGGCACCCCUGUUCACACGGCUGCUGGAAGAUGUGGAGGUGCUGGAGGGCCGAGCCGCCCGUUUCGACUGCAAGAUCAGUGGCACUCCACCACCCUCAGUGACCUGGACUCACUUUGGCCAUCCUGUGGAGGAGAAUGAGAACUUGCGGCUGCAGCAGGAUGGAGGUCUGCACUCACUGCACAUCACUCGUGUGGGCAGCGAGAAUGAGGGACUCUACGAGGUCAGUGCCACCAAUACCCAUGGUCAGGCACACUGCUCAGCCCAGCUCUAUGUGGAGGAGCCCCGGACAGCAGCUACAGGCCCCAGCUCAAAGCUGGAGAAGAUGCCAUCCAUCCCCGAGGAGCCAGAGCAGGGCGAGCUAGAGCGGCUAUCCAUUCCUGACUUCCUGCGACCACUGCAAGACCUGGAGGUGGGACUGGCCAAGGAGGUCAUGCUGGAGUGCCAGGUGACUGGCCUGCCCUACCCCACCAUCAGCUGGUUCCACAAUGGCCACCGCAUCCAGAGCAGUGACGACCGGCGCAUGACACAGUACAGGGAUGUACAUCGGUUGGUGUUCCCUGCUGUUGGGCCUCAGCAUGCGGGUGUCUACAAGAGUGUCAUUGCCAAUAAGCUUGGCAAAGCUGCCUGCUAUGCCCACCUAUAUGUCACAGAUGUGGUUCCAGGCCCCCCAGAUGGUGCCCCACAGGUGGUGGCUGUGACUGGGAAGAUGGUCACCCUCACAUGGAACCCCCCCAGAAAUCUGGACAUGGCCAUCGACCCGGACUCCCUCACAUACACGGUGCAGCACCAGGUGCUGGGCUCGGACCAGUGGACAGUGCUGGCCACAGGUCUGCGGGAGCCUGGCUGGGCGGCCACAGGGCUACGAAAGGGGCUCCAGCACAUCUUCCGGGUCCUCACCACCACUGUCAAGAGUAGCAGCAAGCCCUCACCCCCCUCUGAAUCCGUGCAGCUGCUAGAACAUGGCCCAGCCCUGGAGGAGGCUCCUGUUGUGCUGGACAAACCGGAUGUCGUGUAUGUGGUGGAGGGACAGCCUGCCAGUGUCACUGUCACCUUCAACCACGUGGAGGCCCAGGUCGUCUGGAGGAGCUGCAGAGGGGCCCUCCUAGAGGCACGGGCAGGUGUGUAUGAGCUGAGCCAGCCGGAUGAUGACCAGUACUGCCUUCGGAUCUGCCGGGUGAGCUGCCGGGACAUGGGGGCCCUCACCUGCACUGCCCGAAACCGCCAUGGCACGAAGACCUGCUCAGUCAGACUGGAACUGGCAGAGGCCCCUCGGUUUGAGUCCAUCAUGGAAGAUGUGGAGGUGGGGGCUGGGGAAACUGCUCGCUUUGCUGUGGUGGUUGAGGGGAAACCACUGCCAGACAUCAUGUGGUACAAGGACGAGGUGCUGCUGGCCGAGAGCAACCAUGUGAGCUUCGUGUAUGAGGAGAAUGAAUGCUCCCUGGUGGUACUCAGCACAGGGACCCAGGAUGGAGGAGUUUACACCUGCACAGCCCGGAACCUGGCAGGCGAGGUCUCCUGCAAAGCCGAGCUGGCUGUGCAUGCAGCUCAGACAGCUAUGGAGGUUGAGGGGGCCAGGGAGGAUGAGGAGCAUCGAGGAAGGCGACUCAGUGACUUCUAUGACAUCCACCAGGAGAUUGGCAGGGGUGCCUUCUCCUACCUGCGGCGUGUGGUGGAACGUAGCUCUGGCCUGGAAUUUGCAGCCAAGUUCAUCCCCAGCCAGGCCAAGCCAAAGGCAUCAGCCCGUCGGGAGGCCCGGCUGUUAGCCCGGCUCCAGCAUGACUGCAUCCUCUACUUCCACGAGGCCUUUGAGAGGCACCGGGGACUGGUCAUUGUCACUGAGCUCUGCACAGAGGAGCUGCUGGAAAGAAUGGCCAGGAAACCCGCCGUGUGUGAGUCUGAGAUCCGAGUCUAUAUGCAGCAGGUACUAGAGGGAAUACGCUACCUGCACCAGAGCUAUGUGCUGCACCUCGAUGUCAAGCCUGAGAACCUGCUGAUAUGGGACGGUGCAAGGGGUGAAGAGCAGGUGCGGAUCUGCGAUUUUGGGAAUGCCCAAGAGCUGACUCCAGGAGAGCCUCAAUACUGCCAAUAUGGCACACCUGAGUUUGUGGCACCCGAGAUUGUCAAUCAGAGCCCUGUGUCUGGAGUCACUGACAUCUGGCCCGUGGGUGUCGUCGCCUUCCUCUGUCUGACGGGAAUCUCCCCAUUUGUUGGGGAAAACGAUCGGACAACGUUGAUGAACAUCCGAAACUACAACGUGGCCUUUGAGGAGACCACAUUCCUGAGUCUGAGCAGGGAGGCCCGGGGCUUCCUCAUCAAAGUGCUAGUGCAGGACCGGCUGAGACCUACUGCAGAGGAGACCCUAGAACAUCCUUGGUUCAGAACUCAGGCAAAGGGUGCAGAGGUGAGCACGGAUCACCUAAAGCUAUUCCUCUCCCGGCGGAAGUGGCAGCGCUCCCAGAUCAGCUACAAGUGCCACCUGGUGCUGCGCCCCAUCCCGGAACUGCUGCGGGCCCCUCCAGAGCGGGUGUGGGUGGCCAUGCCCCGAAGACCAGCCCCCAGCGGGGGACUCUCAUCCUCCUCGGAUUCUGAAGAGGAAGAGCUUGAAGAGUUGCCCUCAGUGCCCCGCCCCCUGCAGCCUGAGUUCUCUGGCUCCCGGGUGUCCCUCACAGACAUUCCCACUGAGGAUGAGGCCCUGGGGACCCCAGAGGCUGGAGCUUCCACACCCAUGGACUGGCAAGAACAGGGAAGGGCUCCACCUCAGGAUCAGGAGGCUCCCAGCCCUCAGGCCCUCCCCUCCCCAGGCCAAGAGCCCCUAGCUGGGCCCAGCCCCAGGCGGGGAGAGCUCCGCAGGGGCAGCUCGGCUGAGAGCGCCCUGACCCGGGCCGGGCCGCGGGAACCGGGCCGGGGCCUGCACAAGGCUGCCUCUGUGGAGCUGCCGCAGCGCCGGAGUCCCAGCCCGGGGGCCACUCGCCUGGCCCGGGGAGGCCUGGGCGAGGGCGAGUACGCCCAGAGGCUGCAGGCCCUGCGCCAGCGGCUACUGCGGGGAAGCCCUGAGGAUGGCAAGGUCAGCGGCCUCAGGGGUCCCCUGCUGGAGAGCCUGGGGGGCCGUGCCCGGGAUCCCCGGAUGGCACGGGCUGCCUCCAGCGAGGCAGCACCCCACCACCAGCCCCCACCCGAGACUCGAGGCCUGCAAAAGAGCAGCAGCUUCUCGCAGGGUGAGGCGGAGCCCCGAGGACGGCACCGCCGCGCUGGGGCCCCCCUUGAGAUCCCUAUAGCCAGGCUUGGGGCCCGCAGGCUGCAGGAGUCUCCCUCUCUAUCUGCCCUCAGCGAGGCCCAGCCAUCCAGCCCUGCGCGGCCCAGCGCCCCCAAAUCCCGUGCCCCCAAGUCUGCGGAACCUUCCGCCACCCCGCCAAGUGAUGCUCCGCAUACCUCGGCAACCCAGCCUGCCCAAGACAAGGCGCCAGAGCCCACGCCAGAGCCAGUCCGAGCCUCCAAGCCCGCACAGUCCCCAGUGGUCCUGCAAACCCCGACGCUGCCCCUCACGCCCUAUGCUCAGAUCAUACAUUCGCUUCAGCUGUCGGGCCACGCCCGGGGCGUCCCUCAGAGCCCUACUGCGCCUUCGCCUCCGUCAGAGCCCAAGCCCCACGCCGCCGUGUUCGCCAGGGUGGCCUCUCCCCCUCCCGGAGCCCCUGAGAAACGCUUGCCCUCAGCCGCAGCUCCCCCAGUGCUAGUCGAGAAAGCCCGGGUCCGCACGGUGCUCCCAAGUACAGGCAGCAGCCUCAGCAGCAGCAUUGAGAACCUGGAGUCUGAGGCCGUGUUUGAGGCUAAGUUCAAGCGCAGCCGUGAGUCGCCCCUGUCGCGGGGGCUGCGGCUGCUGAGCCGCUCGCGCUCGGAGGAGCGCGGCCCCUUCCGCGGGGCCUCAGAGGAGGACGGCAUGUACCGGCCCAGCCCGGCGGGAACCCCGCUGGAGCUUGUGCGACGGCCCGAGCGCUCGCGCUCGGUGCAGGACCUCAGGGCGGUCGGGGAACCCGGCCUAGUCCGCCGCCUCUCGCUGUCGCUGUCGCAGCGGCUACGGAGGACCCCGCCCGCGCAGCGGCACCCGACCUGGGAGGCCCGCGGCGGGGACGGGGAGAGCUCGGAGGGCGGGAGCUCGGCGCGGGGGUCCCCGGUGCUGACCGUGCGCAGGAGGCUCAGCUCCACGCUGGAGCGGCUAUCGAGCCGGUUGCAGCGCAGCGGCAGCAGUGAGGACUCUGGGGGCGCGUCGGGCCGCAGCACGCCCCUGUUCGGAAGGCUGCGCAGGGCCACGUCGGAAGGCGAGAGUCUGAGGCGCCUCGGCAUCCCGCACAACCAGCUGGCUGCCCAGCCGGGUGCCACCACGCCUUCUGCUGAGUCUCUUGGCUCCGAAGCCAGUGCCACUUCUGGCUCUUCCGGGGCAGGGGAAAGCCGAAGCCGGCUCCGCUGGGGCCUCUCUCGGUUGCGGAAGGACAAGGGGUUAUCACAACCAAACCUCUCCGCCAGCAUCCAGGAGGACUUGGGUCACCAGUAUGUGCGCAGUGAGUCAGACUUCCCCCCAGUCUUCCACAUCAAACUCAAGGACCAGGUGCUGCUAGACGGGGAGGCAGCUACCCUGCUCUGCCUGCCGGCGGCCUGCCCUGCACCACACAUCUCCUGGAUGAAAGACAAGCAGUCCCUGCGGUCAGAGCCCUCAGUGAUCAUCGUGUCCUGCAAAGAUGGACGGCAGCUGCUGAGUAUCCCUCGGGCGGGCAAGCGGCAUGCCGGGCUCUAUGAAUGUUCAGCCACCAAUGUCCUAGGCAGCGUCACCAGCUCCUGUACCGUGGCUGUGGCCCGAGUCCCAGGAAAGCUAGCUCCUCCUGAGGUGCCCCAGACCUACCAGGACACAGCACUGGUGCUGUGGAAGCCAGGAGACGGCCGGGCACCUUGCACAUACACACUGGAGCGGCGGGUGGAUGGGGAGUCUGUCUGGCACCCUGUAAGCUCAGGCAUCCCUGACUGCUACUAUAAUGUGACCCACCUGCCCAUUGGUGUGAACGUGAGGUUUCGUGUGGCCUGUGCCAACCGUGCUGGGCAGGGGCCCUUCAGCAACCCUUCUGAGAAGGUCCUCAUCAGGGGCACUCAAGAUUCUUCAGCUCUGCCAUCUGCUGCUCACCAAGAGACCCCUGUUACCUCAGGGCCAGCCAGGGCCCCACCUCCUGACUCUCCUACCUCACCAGCCCUGCCCCCAGCAACUACUCCCCCAGCCUCCCCAUCAGUCACUCUCAGCCCCUCAUCUUCCUCCAUGCCCCCCAGCCAGGCCUUGUCCUCCCUCAAGGCUGUGGGUCCACCACCCCAAACCCCCCCACGAAAGCACAGGGGCCUGCAGGCUGCCCGGCAAGCAGAGCCCACCCCACCCAGUGUCCAGGUCACUCCAAAUGAGCCCAAGUCUUUUGUCUCUGACACUGGGACCCCUACCCCAGUUUCCACCCCUGAAGGGGUUAAACCAGCACCUUCCUCUGCUUCCCUGUAUAUGGUGACUUCCUUUGUGUCUGCACCACCGGCCCCUGAGCCCCCAGGCCCUGAGCCCCCUCCUGAGCCCAAGGUGACUGUGCAGAGCCUCAGCCCAGCCCAGGAGGUAGUCAGCUCCCUUGGGAGCAGUCCCCACAGUUCUCCCAAGCCAGAGAGUACAACUCUUCGACAAGGCCCCCCUCAGAAACCCUACACGUUCCUGGAGGAGAAGGCCAGGGGCCGCUUUGGUGUUGUGCGAACAUGCCGGGAGAAUGCCACAGGGAGAACGUUUGUGGCCAAGAUUGUGCCCUAUGCAGCUGAGGGCAAGCGGCGAGUCUUGCAGGAAUAUGAGGUGCUACGGAGGCUGCACCAUGAGCGGCUCAUGUCCCUGCACGAGGCCUACAUCACCCCUCGCUACCUUGUGCUCAUUGCUGAGAGCUGCGGCAACCGGGAACUCCUCUGUGGGCUCAGUGACAGGUUCCGGUAUUCAGAAGAUGACGUGGUCACCUACAUGGUACAGCUGCUACAAGGCCUGGACUACCUCCAUGGCCGCCAUGUGCUACACCUAGACAUUAAGCCAGACAACCUGCUGCUGGCCCCUGACAAUACCCUCAAGAUUGUGGACUUUGGCAGUGCCCAGCCCUACAACCCUCAGGCCCUGAAGCCCCUUGGCCACCGCACGGGCACGCUGGAGUUCAUGGCUCCUGAGAUGGUGAAGGGAGAACCCAUUGGCUCUACCACAGACAUCUGGGGAGCGGGUGUGCUCGCCUACAUCAUGCUCAGUGGAUGCUCCCCAUUCUAUGAGCCAGACCCACAGGAAACAGAGGCUCGGAUUGUAGGGGGGCGCUUUGAUGCCUUCCAGCUAUACCCCAAUACAUCCCAGAGUGCUACCCUCUUCUUACGAAAGGUCCUCUCAGUACAUCCCUGGAGCCGGCCCUCCCUGCAGGACUGCUUGGCCCACCCCUGGCUGCAGGACGCCUACCUGAUGAAGCUGCGCCGCCAGACACUCACCUUCACCACCAACAGGCUCAAGGAGUUCCUGAGUGAGCAGCGGCGGCGCCGGGCUGAGGCUGCCACCCGCCACAAGGUUCUGCUGCGUUCCUACCCCGGCGGCCUCUAGUGGCAUGGACCAUAGCCCAGUCUUGGGCUUUGACUGGGGGUUCCCACCCAACAAUGCAUCGGGACAUUCCAGAGCCCACACUGAGCAGGGUGGGCUUGGGGGUUUCGGAUACCACCAGCAGCAACAUCUGGCCAGGCUCUUACCUCAUGGAUCUGCAGGGACAGAGGCCCUGGGGCUUUGGCCUGAUGCCACCCCAGGCCAGAGGCAGAAGUAGAGACCAGUUGGCCAGGCUGGGCAGGGGUGGGAAUAGGGAAGAGGGGCAAGAAGGGAAUAGGGAAGUAAAGAGGAAAUGAACCCGAGGGAGGGGAGGCCCUAGGAAGGUUCUGGAGUGGGGACAGUGCAUCUUGGGAGAGGAUGGGGAAGUGUGUGGCCGGCAAGGAGGAAGAGGAAGGAGCCCAAGGUGUCAGGGUGGAGGGCUGGGAGUGUUGGUGAAGCAGGGGCAGGAUACAGAGACAGUGCCAUGGAGCCAGGACAGAAGAGAGGGCAGUGAGGCAUGGGAGGGAGAGGAGGUGGCCGCAAGUGAAGUGGGGCAGGCCAGCUGCUGGCAUCCGGGAGGAGCAGAGUGGACAGCUGGAGCAGCAAGUGGUGACUCAAGCUGGAUCUUCCAUCCAGUGGAUGCAGCUCUGGGCACUCCAUGCUGGCAUGAUGUCCCCAUCACCCCUCCAUGGCCUUUGCCCUUCUUCCAAUGGAUAUUUAUUUAUUUAUUGACUUUUAUGAAGUUUUCCCUUCCAUUCAAUCCCUAUUGCCCAUGUUGUCCUGACCACCCCCAGCCAUUCAGCUGUCUGUCUGUCACAAGGAAAAUAAAAAUGGCAAGCAGCAGGA